AUGCCAAGAACUAUUACAUUUAAUAUCCCAAAGGAGUAUAAACUUGUGGACCUUGUUGGUGAAGGUUCCUACGGUAUAGUCUGUUCGGCGACUCAUUUGCCCACGGGCAACAAAGUAGCCAUCAAGAGAAUAAGGUUCCCGGACUCACCGCCUUCUGAUGAUGGGCAAGGUGUGCCACGAUUAGAGGAAGACGAUGAGCAUGAUAACAUUGCCAAAGUCGCGUUGAUCAGGACUAUCAGAGAGAUCAAAAUCCUAUCGCAUUUUAAUAACCAUGAGAACAUCAUCACGAUAUUUGAGAAGAUCAAACCUAUGCAGUCGAUAAACUUCAAAGAGAUUUAUUUAGUACAGGAGUUAAUGGAAACAGAUCUGUCGAGAAUUUUAGCAUCGUCAAAUACUUUGACUGUGGAUCAUAUUCAAUAUUUCUUAUACCAGAUACUUCGGGCACUGAAAGCCAUUCAUUCUGCUAAAGUUAUACACAGAGACUUAAAACCUUCUAAUAUUUUACUGAACUCGAACUGUGAUUUAAAGAUAUGUGAUUUUGGUCUAGCAAGGACGUAUGACCCCGAUGAUGAUGCCUCAACGAUGAACGGUAACAACGUUGGAUUCCUGACUGAGUAUGUAGCAACCAGAUGGUACAGAGCACCAGAAAUAAUGCUCAAUUUUCAGGAUUACUCUACUGCUAUCGAUAUUUGGUCAUGUGGUUGUGUACUAGCAGAAAUGCUAUUCCGUAAGCCAAUAUUCCCGGGUAAAGACUAUCACCAUCAACUACUUUUGAUUUUGGACACCUUGGGAACCCCUAGUCCCGAGGAUAUCGAAGCUAUUAAUUAUGGUAGAGCAAAGGAGUAUAUUCUAAGUCUGCCUCAUUUUCCAAAGAAGGACUGGUCACAACUGCUUGGGACAGAUAAUGAGAUGUUACUUGAUAUACUAGACAAGUUAAUGAUUUUCAAUCCAAAGAGAAGGAUAACUGCAGAGCAGGCUCUUGAACAUCCUUUCUUAGCAACAUACCACGAUCCUAAAGAUGAGCCCAACUUUCCACCUCUUAACUUUAAAGGAGAUGAAUUCUGGCAACUUGAUAAUUGCAUGGAGACCAGCAAUGGAUAUGGGACAGACGACAGCAAUAACCUAAGAGCCAACGUGACUAGAAGAAAGUUGAGAGAGAUACUAUACCAAGAAAUGGUCACUCCAGCGCCUAGGUGA